CUCUUUCAAAACACGAAAAGAACAAUGCAUGAGUAUAAUUUUUGAUGCGUUAGGUUAGGGUUCGUGCCCUUUCUUCUUCUUCUUCUACAUCUAUCAAUUUUUGAUCGACGAUGAGUAAUUCCGACGAGAAACGGCUUCUUGUGAACAGUAACAAAGGAAAGCCCGGUAUGUAUCAUUUAACUGCUCUUUCUCCGCGAGAUUUAUCUGAAAUCUCUGAAGAUUGUUUCGACCUCCCUUUUUCGAAUCCAAAGGAACUAAUUGGUUCCAACAGUUGCGGGGGUUUGCUGUUUUUUUACGAUGAUAGUGGCCACAGUUAUCUUUGCAACCCCACAACCAAACAGAUUCAGUUCUUUCCUCCCAAGGAAGCCUCUCAAAAUCCAAAUUAUGAUACCAGAUUGGCUGGUGCUUGUGUCGGCUAUGAUUCUAAAUCUAAUGAUUACAAAAUACUAAGAAUUUGGGAUCGUAAAUACUGGCCGUCAAGGACUCGUUCCAAGGAGCGAAGUUUUGAGUUGUAUUCGUUAAGUAGUGAUUCUUGGGAUGAAAUUUCAAGUGAUGAUGCUCCUAAGUGCACUUCUGGUAUUGAAAAUGUUAUAUAUGCUAGAGCUAAGUUUUAUUGGAUUUCUGUGCGUGACUCGAGAGUUGUAUCGUUCGACUGUAGUAAGAAAAGCUUCUCUUACUUGUCUUUACCACGAAAGGCUGAUGACAGUUAUUUUAAUCUUGUCAAGUUUAAUGAUGAUGACUCGUUAGGUAUUGCUUUCUGUGGGCCACGAGGAGCUAAUCAUAAAGUCCCUCUCCAUUUAGCUUUUGGGGGUGAACCUGGUUUUUAUUUUGAGGUUUGGGUGUGGAGAGAAAAGUGGGAUAAAAUGUUUAAUGUCUCUCUUGGUGGUGCUGUAACUGGAGCAGAGACGAUAUACGCUCCAUUCUUGUUUCUUCAUGGAAUGAUGGAGGAUGAUAACCUAGAUCGUCUAGUAGUUUAUGAUUGGACUAAGAAAGAGUGCAAGGAGCUUGGUAUUUACAAUUCCGACACUGCAAUCAAUGUUUUUUGUUAUGUUGAGAGCAACGUUGCGCUGCCCCGUGGAAAGCCCAUCAAUGGAUCAUCCCCUAUUCUUAAUUAUGGUGAUUUAGAGGAUGAGUAUGACUCUUCCAAUGAAGAUUAUGGUGAUUUAGAGGAUGAGUAUGACUCUUCCAAUGAAGCCCGGGAGGCAGAUCCCAAUGAUUUUGAUUUUGAUUAUGACACUAACGAUGAAGGCCACGAGGCAAAUUUGGAUGAUUUUGCUGUUAAUGGAUUCCAUGUCGUUAAUGAUAUAGAGUUGGAGGAGGAGGAGGUUGUGACACAUGGGAACAGGCCAUAUGCCUCUGGAGAUGAGUAUAACAGAGUUGAUUUUCCAGUGGAUUAUACAAAUGCAAAGUUUUUCGUAAUCAAGUCGGAUAGUGAGGAUGAUGUGCGCAAGAUUAUGAAGUGUAAGAAGUGGUCAUGCAGUCCCUAUGGAAACAAGAAGCUUAAUGCUGCAUAUGAAGAUGCCAAGAGAGUGGCUGCUACAGACUCAAGAGGCUGCCCCAUCUUACUCUUCUUCACUGUUAAUGCGAGUGGCCGCCUCUGCGGUGUUGCAGAAAUGAGUGGCCCGGUGCGUUAUAAAAGGAGCGGAAACUUUCACGUGAAGUGGCACAUCAUAAAGGAUUUGUCAAACUCAAAUUUUAGUCGCAAGGUAUUGCAGAACAUGACAGUGACUGACAGCAGAGACAUACAAAGGAUAAGCUAUAGGAAAGGUAAGGAGAUGCUGGAAAUAUUCAUGGCACAUAAACAGUGCAGGAAGAGAGCCCGGCGACGCGUAUAGAACUAAGUAGGAACUAAGUAUUUAUUUUCCUUCUUAGUAAAUUACGGCAUCCAGAUAUUAUUAUUGUUAAUUGGUGUUACGGUGUGACAAAGUAUUUUACUCUGCAGCCUCUUGGAGGAUUACCAAUCUAUUUCAGUUUCUUUUCUUGUUA